GAAUAUAACACUCCCAAUUAUCAUCCAUCAUUUAAAAUAUUUUUUGGGUUUCCAAAACUUCAAAUUUUCAAUCUAAAACCAAACUACACGAUAAAAUGAAAUGAAUCAAUCAACAUCUUGGAUUGGGUUUUUCUGAUCAUCAUCAAAUCGUCACUUGCUUUCUGUUUCUUUUGAAGAAUCAAAUGGCAACAAAAAUUGGUUCAUUCAGACACAGCUUCGCAGAGAGGAGCAAAGAAAGGCUUCUCUCUCGAAAAGGCUACUCAGAGCUCGGCUACGGAAGCUCUGAUGGCGACGAAGAAAAAGUUCGGUUCCAGUGCUUCCAUUCGAUCAUCGAAGGGAUUAGAAGUUUCUGGAAUGGUUCCAAAGACACUGCAAUCAAGGUCUAUGAAAUGGGUCGAUCUGAUCCACAGAAAGUUUUCUUUGCAGCCAAGAUGGGUCUAGCUCUAGCACUCGUAUCUCUGCUCAUCUUCUUCAAAGAACCGCUUCAGAGUGCUAGCCAAUACUCUGUUUGGGCAAUCCUCACUGUGGUUGUGGUUUUUGAAUACAGUGUUGGUGCUACCCUUAACAAGGGAUUUAAUAGGGCAUUGGGAACAUUAUCUGCUGGAGGGCUUGCUAUGGGGCUUGCAGAGCUCUUUCUAAUGGCUGGGAAGAUGACAGAAGUUUAUAUUGUCAUUAGUAUUUUUAUCGCAGGAUUUUGUGCUAGUUAUGCCAAAUUGUACCCGCCAAUGAAGCCAUACGAGUAUGGGUUUCGUGUAUUCUUGUUGACGUAUUGUAUUGUAAUGGUGUCUGCGAGUUCAUCCUCAGAGCCAUUCACGACGGCUUUCUAUCGGUUAUUGCUUAUUGCUGUUGGUGCGGCCGUUGCUUUGAUCAUCAACACAUGUUUUUUCCCAAUUUGGGCAGGUGAAGACCUACACAAAUCUGUGGUGAAAAAUUUUAAAGGUGUUGCCAGUUCUUUGGAAGGUUGUGUGAAUGGGUACCUUCAAUGUGUUGAAUAUGUGAGGGUCCCUUCAAAGAUCCUCACAUACCAGGCUUCUGAUGACCCGGUGUACAAUGGCUACAGAUCGGCCGUGCAAUCUUCAACCAAAGAGGAAUCCCUUCUAGAGUUUGCGAUAUGGGAACCACCUCAUGGCCCCUAUAGAACAUUUAGUUAUCCUUGGAGAAACUAUGUCAAAGUAGGCGGUGCAUUGAGGCAUUGUGCUUUCAUGGUAAUGGCAAUGCAUGGUUGUAUGCUAUCUGAAAUACAGGCACCGCCAGAAAAGAGACGGGUUUUUGAUAGUGAGCUUCAAAGGGUAGGUACCGAAGGAGCUAAAGUAUUACGAGAACUUGGAAACAAGGUAGAAAAGAUGGAGAAACUAAGCCCCGUAGACUUGCUUCAAGAAGUGCACGAUGCAGCUGAAGAGUUGCAAAUGAAGAUAGACCAAAAAUCCUAUCUUCUAGUCAAUUCAGAGAGCUGGGAAUCUGGAGAACUUCCCAAAGAAUAUGAAGAAGCUCAGAAUUCUUUUGAUGUGAACACUAAUGAAGACAGGGUCUUGGUGAUCAAGUCCCUCAGCGAAACAGGACUAUAUGUCAGAUCAGUCCCCUUGUUGAGAACGUGGGAGACUCCUAGCCCAAACAUGGGAAUCAAUUCUUCCCUUUCAGAAUUGGCUUCCUCAGAAAAUUUGUUUAGGAGAGAGACAGCGUGGCCAUCGCAAAUCUCACUUACUACCGAUGUGGUGUUUAAUGAGAAAGAAGUGAAAACAUACGAAAGUGCGAGCUCAUUGUCAUUGGCAACAUUUGCUUCACUUUUGAUUGAGUUUGUUGCGAGGCUUCAAAAUCUUGUGGAUUCAUUCAACGAGCUUAGUGUGACGGCAAAUUUUAAGGAACCAGUGGAUAUUGCACCGGGAGAGAAAGAGCUGCUUGGAUUUUGGACCAGACUUGUUAAGUGUUUUUGGUUCAAUGAUUGACACAUUGGUUAUAUAUUCAAUAAUUCAAGAGAUAAGUUUGAUCCAAUGAUUGUGUUCAUCUAACAUUUUCUUACAUUACUUAAAAUACUGAAAUGCAAUGGCAACUGAGGACUGUGUGAGGCACUAUGGAGUGUGAUAGUAGUGUACACCGAGCCAUGUUUGUUGCGAAACUUUGAUAAAUUUCUCACAUUUACAACUUGUAACCCUAGCUAUAUAUAUGUAUUUUAGCAAUGGGGCAACUCUGUUGUGUCUUGUAAUUCGUUCUUUUACAUAGUGAAAUAGCCGCAACUACUGUGGAUGUAACCCAUUUAUCAGUAAACCACAUAAAUAUUGUAUUGUGUGCUUGAUAUCUAAUUUAUUUAUUUA